GCACACACACACACACGCACACAGCAGAGCAAGACAUGAGUGAUCCUCAGGACGUCGGAGACGCCGUUGCCACUCCAGGACUGGCUGGACAUUUUCCGGCUGCAGUGCCGCUUUCUCCCCGUCGCCAUGGUGACGAUGUUGACGACGACGAUGACGGGGACCUUAAUAGAACUCUGGGAGUGCAGCGCUUCCAGCAGAUCCUCUCCCCAGCACCGCGGCUACCUGCCGAGCAGCACCGCACCUUCAAUCAGGAAGACGUAGAGGGCCACCGCCACUUGCCCCUGCAUAUCCAUCACCCGCUAUCCAAACGGCUGCCCUCCGAGAGCCGCGGUAAGAAGAGCGGCCGCAAGAGAAAGCCCGGGAGGAGGCGGGGCUCGGCCAGCAGCGGCGGAGCUCCCACUAUAGAGGAGGACGAGCAAGAGGAGGAAGUAGACGAGGACCACUGCAGCCCUCAGGAGGGAGAAGGCAACGCCACCACACCUACACCAGACAACGAUACAGAUGCUCAAACAGAGCUAGUGCAGUUCUUUGUAUGUGACGAAGACUCCAAUGACACUAAUGGGGUCACCAGAAAUCACCAGGGUUCUCCAGCUCGUCAGAUCUCGAUCGUCCCCGAGUCAGCACUACACACGAGCAGCACUAGUCCGGAGGACGCCACUACAACAGACAGUCUAGACGGCGUGUGUCCCCAGCCCAAUGGCACGAGGCCGUCCGUUCCGUCAGGCCUCCAGCCCAUGUCUCCCGACGCAAGCUCUAGGUUGGCGCGCAGCUACGACCUGCAGGAGCGCCGGCGCACCGGAGACGUGACCGCCACCGAGCUGGCGCACUACCAACGCAUGCCGACCGAUGAGAGCGAAGCGCAAAUGCUGGCCACCGUCGACCUGGACGGCAUGAAGAGUCACCGGUUUGAAGAUGUCCCUGGCGUGCGCCGGCACCUGGUCAGGAAGUGCAGUAAGGGGCAGGUGGUUCACAUCAGCAAGGACCACAAGGAGCCGAGCGGCCGCAGCCGCAAACUGGACAGGACCCCGCACGAGGUGUUUGUGGAGCUGAACGAGCUGGUGAUGGAUAAGAACCAGGAGAUGCAGUGGAGAGAGACGGCUCGCUGGAUCAAGUUCGAGGAGGAUGUGGAAGAGGAAACGGACCGCUGGGGCAAACCGCACGUCGCCUCGCUGUCAUUCCGCAGCCUCCUCGAGCUGCGUCGGACCAUCUCGCAUGGUGUCGUACUGCUGGACCUGGACCAGAGGACGCUGCCCGGCAUCGCACAUCAGGUGGUGGAACAGAUGAUCAUCUCGGACCAGAUCCGAGCCGAAGACCGAGCCAACGUACUCCGAGCUCUGCUGCUCAAACACAGUCACCCAAGUGACGGGAAGGAGCACAACUCAUUCAACAGGAACAUCUCUGCAGCGAGUCUCACCUCUCUGAUGCCUCAUCACCAUAGCAACAACCACGUCGCCCCUCCAGAACCUACUGCUGCCGACCCGCUUAUAGCGGGGAUCACCGAAUCUGACUCGCACCCGUACAUCGACAUCGACAAGAACGAGAAAGAUAAUACUCUGCCACUGGGGUUGCACAAAUCCAAAUCUAAGCACGAGUUCAAGCUCCUGGAAAAGAUCCCGGAAAAUGCAGAGGCUACCGUCGUGCUCGUGGGCAGGGUGGACUUCCUGGACCAGCCGUCCAUGGCUUUCGUGCGGCUGCAGGACGCGGUGCUGCUGGAGUCCGUGCUGGAGGUGCCCAUCCCCGUGCGCUUUAUCUUCGUCCUCCUCGGCCCACCUAUCGCCAACAUGGACUACCAUCAGAUCGGUCGCUCCAUAUCGACCCUGAUGUCUGACAAGCAAUUUCACGAGGCGGCGUAUCUGGCAGAUGAGCGCGGGGACCUGCUGACGGCCAUUAACAGCUUUCUGGACUGCAGCAUCGUGCUUCCUCCGUCAGAGGUAGGAGGUGACGAGCUGCUGCACUCGGUGGCGCGAUUUCAGCGGGAGAUGCUGCGCAAGAGACACGAGCAAGAGAUCAAAUUACAGGCCAAGGAACCCAAGAGGCCGGAGGACGAAGCUCUUCUACCCCCGAGUAAACCCGUAGACGACCCCCUGAGGAGGACGGGACGCCUGUUCGGGGGGGCCAUACGAGAUGCGCGCAACCGCUACCCCAAAUACCUCAGUGACUUUAAGGAUGCGCUGAACCCUCAGUGCAUGGCUGCUAUCAUUUUCAUUUACUUCGCUGCCCUCUCUCCUGCCAUUACCUUCGGAGGACUGCUGGGUGAUAAGACUGAGGGUCUGAUGGGCGUAUCGGAGUUGAUCAUCGCCACCUCAGUACAAGGCAUCCUGUUCAGUCUGCUUGGAGCUCAGCCCCUCCUGGUGGUCGGCUUUUCUGGACCCGUGUUAGUGUUCGAAGAGGCGUUCUAUUCUUUCUGUACGUCCUAUGGGAUGGAGUACCUGACGGGACGGGUAUGGAUCGGGUUUUGGCUGGUGAUUAUCGUGCUGGUUAUGGUGGCCUUCGAGGGAAGCUUCCUAGUGCGUUUCGUCUCCCGCUUCACGCAGGAGAUCUUCUCCUUUCUCAUCUCCCUCAUCUUCAUCUAUGAGACCUUUUCGAAGCUUAUCAAGAUCUUUAAAGAUCACCCUCUGACCGCCUGCAACAGCACAGCGGAAAACGACACUACACAGGAGUUACUGGUGAACUCCAGCCGGAGUGGAGCAGCCGUAGCUGGGAAAGUUCUGAAUCAGCCCAAUACGGCCCUGCUGUCCCUCGUGCUCAUGUCAGGAACCUUCUUCAUCGCCUUCUACCUGCGCAAAUUCAAGAACAGCGCCUUCUUUCCUGGCAGUCUGCGCAGAGUGAUUGGAGACUUUGGUGUUCCCAUCGCGAUCUUCAUCAUGGUUUUGGUGGACUACAGCAUAAAAGACACCUUCACACAGAAACUCAGCGUGCCGGACGGCUUCAAUGUGACCAGCCCCGAGAAACGGAGCUGGGUGAUCAACCCACUGGGGUCUGACGGUCAGUUCCCAGUCUGGAUGAUGGCUGCCAGCAUCCUGCCUGCGCUGCUUGUCUUCAUCCUCAUCUUCAUGGAAACACAGAUCACCACGCUCAUUGUGAGUAAAAAGGAGAGGAUGCUGGUAAAGGGGUCUGGCUUUCAUUUGGACCUGUUGAUCAUCGUAGCCGUGGGCGGGAUCUCGGCUCUGUUUGGCCUGCCCUGGCUGGCUGCCGCGACCGUGCGCUCUGUGACCCACGCCAAUGCGCUUACCGUCAUGAGCAAGGCCGUGGCACCCGGCGAUAAACCACGCAUCCAGGAGGUGAAGGAGCAGAGAGUGACUGGACUUCUGGUAGCAGUUCUCGUUGGUCUUUCUAUCGUGAUUGGCGAUGUGUUACGGAAGAUCCCCAUCGCUGUUCUCUUUGGUAUUUUUCUCUACAUGGGCGUAAUGUCCCUCAACGGCAUCCAGCUGACCGAGCGCAUGAUGCUCCUACUGAUGCCUCCCAAAUACCACCCGGACCAUACGUAUGUUCGGAAGGUGCGCACACUACGAAUGCACCUUUUCACAAUUAUCCAGGUAGUGUGUUUAGCUGGGUUGUGGGCGGUCAUGUCCACCCAGGCCUCGUUAGCGUUUCCCUUCGUCCUUAUCCUGACCGUGCCCAUCAGGAGGUUCCUGCUGCCGCGGAUCUUCAACCAGCGCGAGAUGCAGUGUCUUGACGCAGAUGACGCAGAGCCCACGUUCAACAUCAUCGAGGGGCAAGACGAGUACACGGAGAUACAAGUGCCGGUAUGACGCCAAUCACGGCACCCUGACCGACACUCACCGAGCGAGAGGAAUCGCAGGCGCCAUCCUAGACAUUGCUUUGACCAAUCAGUGACCGUAUCGCUGAAGCCUCAGACUCGUUUAAUAGCUUGCCGUCCAUCUUGGAUUGUAAUUUAUAGUACAGUUGCAGUAUAUUUGCAUAUUUAACGCUUCCUUGGUCGUCAGUAUUUAGUUGUUUAUUCACAAGGUUUAGUGUGUACUAACACCCAGGUGUAUAUUUGUUCAACAUCCCCCCCUCCCUUUCUCACACACACACACACACACACACACACACACACACACACACAAAGCACUUUAUGACCAAUCAUAAUGCCUUUGUUUUUGUUAUUUAAUUUGUUCCUUCAUCUUACUGAAACCAGGGUGAAAUGUACUGUAGUCUGAAUAGCUAUCGUAAUCCGGGAAUAUUUAGCUAGUAUGGAUGUUGGUAAGUUUUUUUUUUGUUUGUUUUUGUUUGUUUUUUUUCCUUCGGACCAGCACUGAAAAGAAAGUCGUUGUUUUCUUCUUUUUUUUUUUUUUUUAAAGUGAGUGAGAGAUGGAGAGAGAGAGAGGAAAAAAAACACCUCAGUGUUCUUUGAUGACUGUAUAUUUCAAAUCGAUUGUAAAAAAAUAUGCAAAGUUUUUGACAUCAAUGUGCACUUGUGUCCCCCCCCCUCCCCCUCCUAACUACCAGGAGUGUUACAGUACAUAUCACCUAGAUAUCUCGGAGGGGGUGAAAUCGAAUGCUAGUUAGGUAUGUGUGUAACUGUGAUUCCCUAGAACCAGCACUAAUCGAACAAAUCACUUAUUGCAAAUACUACAUCAUACGGUCACUUAGCGACCGUCUUAAUAGGAAUAGUUCUCAGCAUGUAUGCACAACAAGAGAUCCCAACGACGUCCGUCUUCCUUGACGGCUCGUCCACUGAUCACAGAACCACAGUUAACGUAUGUAAUUAGUGUUAUCGCUCUGUAUUUCUUUAUAUAUAUAUUUAAAGCCAAAAAAAAAAAAACUUUAUCAAGAACUAGUGCAUGGAAACAUGCAUUAUUGCUGUAGGGAGUUUCCAGAAUAGGAAAAGUCGACCAUAAGUGUAGCCUGUUACGUAUCCUCCAUUUGUCUGGUCGAGUGCUUAAUUCUGAAAUAAAUGUCUACUGAAUAUAUUUUUAAUCAUUUUAUAUGAACCAGUAGUGUUUAGGACUACAGGUGUGAACGUGAUGAGGGAUGAUGGUACUCGAGGUUGCUGGUUAGGUCAAUUUGAAAGAGUUCUCUAGUCUUGCCUGGCAGUGAUAAUGAGCCACAUCUUAUUAUUAUUAUUAAUAAUGAUAUUAUUAAAAGUUUUAAAAUUAACAUGGGCAUAUGAUUUAAAUCUUCAUGUAUACACAAGUCUUUUUUUAUUUUAUAUAUAUAUAUGCUUGUUUGUUUUAGUCUGCAAUGUGUGAUUCUUUAAUAAAAUGUUUAAGAUCCAAAGAAUGCAGUACAAUGCUGAACAUUUCUGCAUGUUUUAUGUUUUGUACUUUUUUUUUUUUUUUUUUUUUGGUCAGUCACUUUUAAACAUUUCACAUGCAAAAGAUGUGCUAAAUACAAUCCGUCUUACAUUGCUACUAUAACACUUAACUGAUUUUUUUUUUUCUUCUUAGUGAUCUGAAACACAAUGUUAUUUUUCUUCUGUAUAAAUCUGUACAUUUCUGUUUUUGCUCCUCCCAAAAACACUUGUUACAACCACUUGAGCUUGAUGAUGUUAGUGCCUUUUACUAUGAUGUUGCUGUAAAACCAGCCGGAUGAAACUGUGUUGUGCUUGUUAAUAAAUGUUAAGCAGAAGUGACCUUGUUUGUUGUUGUAUGAAUGAGGAUGAGAAGUGAGACGUGGGGUUUGUGAGACUGGAUCUGAGUGAUCAUGAUGCGAUGGUGUGUUUCUGUGGUUAAACACGGUGUAGACUCAAUAAAGCAACUCAACAUUUCUA